AUGAGAUCCACACUCAUUCUACUAUCCUCUCUAUGCUUCUUCAGUACCUUACACGCACACGCACACGCAACAUCUACACCCAAUCCCCCGACAGUAUAUCUCAUCCGCCACGGCGAGAAACCCCCGGAUCCCGAAGAUAGCGGACUAAAUGCAGACGGAUUCAAACGCGCCGAGUGUCUCCGGGAAGUAUUCGGCGUGGGGUCACCUUAUGAUAUUGGCCAUGUGAUGGCACCCAAGAUCAACAAGCGAGGCCAGCAUAGGCGUUCUUAUGAGACCGUCCUGCCCGUCGCAAAGGAUCUUGACCUCCCUGUCGAUACAUCUUGUAAGCGCAAUCACGUUAAAUGUGUGGCGAAACGGAUCAGGGAGUUUAAGGGAACAGGGAAUAUCCUGAUCUCCUGGCGCCACGGUAAGAUGAGGGAGAUUGUGCAGGAGCUGGGUUACGAGGACCCUCCUGAAUAUCCUGAAGAUCGCACUAAUGAAAGUGCAAGAGUAAAUCAUCAUGGGCUGGUACCUGAUGAGGAAGUCCACUGUCUAUAUGGUAGUUAUAGGGCUUUGAAUGGAAUCGAUGGCUUUCUUUGCUGCUGCACAGGGUCAAACAUUAAUCCGAAGACAGUCUUGUGUGCGCGGGCGGUGAACAGCCGAGCGGAGACAGAGCGCCAAGAUUUCAACCUGCCCACCCAAUUUUUUCGAGGUAUCGCGGCCUUCACUACGUUCGACCGAGCGUUGCCCAAAUAUCUCAUCAGCCUCCAGUAUAUUACUGGCUCAACGGCUUGGAUCCCUCGGAAGGAACGCCUCCGAAGCCAUGCUCAGGCCUUCGAUGGUUUGCUGUCGCUGAUCCCGGCGAAAUUUUAUUACGGCGAAGAUGGCAGUCGCAAGAAGCAGACUAAGGAACAGGCCCGUGAAGCUAAGCGGGCCAAGUUGGACCCCGAUUCCGCCAAGUCAGCAAAGGAUGUGAUGGACGAGAACGCACGCAAGCGUAAACGUGACGAGGAAGGGAAUGGGGAAGGUGACGAUUCUUCUGAUAACGGUGAACUCGGAUCCGAGAAGCCCAAGGAAGGAUUGAAGAGAGGAGAUGUCAACUCAAAGAAGCAAAAGCAGGCCGAAGACUCGGCCAAUGCGGAGCGCUCAUCCGCCAAGUCGGCUGAAGAGGCAGAAGCGCGCAAGAAGUUGAAGGAGGAAAAGAAGGCCCAGAAGAAAGCCGCUCAGAAGGAGAAGAAGAAGGCCAAGGAAGCCGCUAGGAAGGUCAAGGUAGCCGAGCAGUCAGAAGAGACCGAAACACCUGCUGUGCAAAAAUCCGAGUCGACCCCCGCCAACAAGACCAAGGAACAAAAACAAAAACAAGAGGACAGCGAUAGUGAUGACAACGAAAGCGUGGACGGCGUCCCCGCCGAAGAACUCUCGCUCGAUUUCAGCGCUGAACAAGAAGAACAACCAUCGUCUUCUGCGUCCACCCCGAACUCCCCUGGGUUCGAUGCUUCCAAUCCCCAAUCGGGCAGCUCUUCCAUAUCCUCCAUUGUUCCCCCCACCGAAGCCUCCAAAUCCUCCACCUCCGAACCCAAGCCUCUCAAGCCUACCCCCGAUGAGCUAAAGCAACGGUUACAGAAGCGGCUCGAUGAACUUCGCGCAGCCCGCCAUGCCGACGGGCUUAACGGAAAGCCCGCCAGGAACCGUCAAGAACUAAUCGAGGCUCGACGCCAAAAAGCCGAGCAACGCAAAGCGCACAAGAAGGAGCUGCGCCAGAAGGCUAGAGAAGAAGAGCAACGGCUGAAGGAUGAAGCCAUGGCCCGACGCUUCUCUCCUGGCGGCUCGGGAUCCCUUCUCGCAUCCCCGCGCUCCCCUGCUGACUCUGUCGGCUCGAACAACAACUACGCUUUUGGCCGCGUUGUCUUCGCAGAUGGCCAACUUGCUGACCCCAGUCUUUCCGGAGUCCGGGAGCAACCUAAGAGCCACGGUCCCAAAGACCCCGCCGCAGCCCUGAAGGCUGUUGAAGCGAAGAAGGCCAAGCUUGCCGCCAUGGACGAGGAGAAGCGGGCCGAUAUUGAGGAGAAGGACCUGUGGCUUAACGCGAAGAAGCGGGCACAUGGCGAACGGGUCCGUGACGACACAUCAUUGCUGAAGAAGGCGCUCAAGCGCAAGGAGUCGGCGAAGAAGAAGUCUGAGCGCGAAUGGAAGGAGCGUCUGGAAGCCGUGAAGAAGGGCAAGGACAUGAGACAGCAGAAGCGUGAAGAGAACCUCCGGAAACGCCGAGAGGAUAAGGGCAACAAGGGUGGCGGCAAGAAGCAGGCCGGAGGUAAGAAGAAGUCCAGACCGGGCUUUGAGGGCAGCUUCAAGGCCAAGUCUGGAGGCAAGAAAUAA